CUCUCUCUCUCUCUUCAGACAGAAACCUUUUUAUAAAUGUCUGAAAAACCAUACCUAGAAAUUCAUCGUCUUCUCCACUUCGACCAUUCGUUUUCACAUUUGUCCAGAGCUUUUCAAACAUUCUUCAAACCCUUUUUUUUCAUGGAAAUCUCCUCUUUCCCAUUUCUCAACCCACAGGACGUCGACGAGUGUUCCCACUUCCUUGGUCUAUUUCAGGACAUGGAAUCCACUCCUCCUGGUUUCGGAUUCGACGACAACGGCAGCCAUAAGAAGCGUCCGAGGAAAGACGAAGACGGUGGUCCGAACAAGAACAGCGAAGCAUUCGGCGACAUACUCGCGUCGCUUCUGCUCUUGGACGAGGAAGCGAAGCAGCAGCAGGAGCAGUGGGAUUUCGAAUCCCGACGGGAAAAAUCCGUUCUCGAAGCAAAUCACCGGGAGAAACUCAGAACAAUGGACGGUUACAACGACCAAUUACAGUCCCAUUACUCCGCAAUGUCGGAAUCCGACACAUCCCGCUCGAAACGCGCGCGAAAAUCCGCCGUGGCGGUUGGGGGCGCAUCCGGGUCGGGACCGGGACCGGGUUCGGGUCAGAGGCGUUUGUGGGUGAAGGAGCGGCCGACAGACUGGUGGGACCGCGUGAGCCGACCGGAUUUCCCGGAGGAAGAAUUCCGGCGAGAGUUCAGGAUGAGCAAAUCGACGUUCAACCUCAUCUGCGAGGAGCUACAAGAGGCGGUGACGAAGAAGAACACGAUGCUCCGAGACGCGAUUCCGGCGCCAAAACGCGUCGGCGUCUGCGUUUGGCGUUUAGCGACUGGAGCGCCGCUGCGACACGUGUCGGAGCGCUUCGGCCUGGGAAUCUCCACAUGCCACAAGCUCGUGAUCGAAGUCUGCAGAGCCAUUAACGACGUGUUGAUGCCGAAGUACCUCCGGUGGCCAUCGGAGCAAGAACUCAGAUCCACGAAGGAGAGAUUCGAAUCUCUGUACAAAAUCCCGAACGUUGUCGGGUCGAUCUACACAACCCAUGUCCCCAUCAUCGCUCCCAAGGUCCACGUCGCCGCGUAUUUCAACAAGAGACACACAGACAGGAACCAGAAGACAUCGUACUCCAUCACUGUCCAAGGGGUUGUAAAUUCCGACGGAAUCUUCACCGAUGUCUGCAUCGGAAAUCCCGGGUCACUCACGGACGACCAGAUCCUGGAGAAAUCGUCGCUUUUCCGGCAACGAGCGGCUCGUGGGCUCCUCCGGGACGGGUGGAUCGUCGGGAAUUCAGGUUUCCCGCUGACGGACUGGCUCCUGGUUCCGUACACGAGGACGAACCUGACAUGGACGCAACACGGGUUCAACGAGAGGAUCGGAGAGAUUCAGGCGGCGGCCAUGGCGGCGAUGGGGAGGAUGAAAGGUCGAUGGGCAUGUCUGCAGAAGCGUACAGAGGUGAAGCUACAAGAUCUUCCGUACGUGUUGGGAGCGUGUUGUGUGCUUCACAAUAUAUGCGAGAUGAGGAAGGAGGAGAUGUCGCCGGAAUCAGGGUUCAAGGUCUUCGAUGACGUCACCGUGCCGGAGAAUAAUCUCCGGUCGGCGGCUGCGGUUCAGGCGAGGGACAACAUCGCUCACAAUCUCCUGCAUCGUGGCGCCGCCGGCACGAGUUUUCUAUAGCGGUUUUUGGAUUAAUAUAAAGUUAAUUGAAAUCUAAUUUUGUUAAAAUUCGUAUACGGAUGUUAUUCGAUUUUUUUUUUUUUGUAUAGGUUCCAUAUAUAAUAAGAUGUUUUUUUUUUUUGGGUUUUUAGAGAUGAUGACAUAUGUUAGUAGAGUUUCAAAAGACAAAACUUCGAUAUGUGGGUAUUUCCGAUUUCGUUAAAAAAAACGUGAAUUUAUUGAA